AUGAGGACACCUGCAAAAACUUUUUGGAGCUCUAAUGUUUACGAGUUUAUUGUUCUGUACCAUGACUCGGUUCGCUCGCUCGAUGAAUCAGAAUACGAAUACCCUAUCGACGGCUCCUUGCACAGUAAAACGCUCAGAAGUCUAUAUGAUGUCACAGUUUCCGUAAUCAAUUUAAGGGUAGUGUCGUUUCCGCCUCAGCCUGCGGUUCAGCAAAUGAACGAAUAUGAACUCUGUCCUCGACCGAAUCCACGCGGCCCGACGGCAUCUCCCCGACUUAGUAUUCCGAUUGAGAAUAAUUUAGGGAAUCGUCAAAGGCAGGAAGCGUCUCUCGGAAGCGCACCUGGUCGCGUAGACUCAUCGCCAUGCGUGUCACGAGCCGUCCGACUAAUGUCCCUCGUAUCUAUUAUCUACCUCCGCCGGGCCACAGUGUGUAAAACUGAGAUCUCGCCCGAACGCCUUCCCUAUGGGGCGCGCUGCGUUUUACCGACAGGCGAUGCUACACUGCGGGUGCGGCGCGAGUCGAGUCGACUGCCGAUGUGCGAAUCGUUAGCCGUUCGGUGUCGUUUCGCCACUGCUCCUAGAGUGUAG